AGGCCAGAGCAGUGGUGUAAUACUUAGAAAAAAGCGGCAACUCACGGAUAGCCUCUCAGACGACCAGUCCCUGCUUAAGGAUAAAGACAUCAUACGUGGACUCCAUUUGCUUGGAGACAGAAGCUUAAAGGAUGUGUGUCUGUAGAUGGCUUGCAAUGCUCCUCCUUCCCUCGGUCCUAGACGCAGCUACCUCUCACCCUGCUUCCACCCUAUCACAGCUCCAUUUUCAACCCCCCAAGCCUGCAUCCCUUCGACCUAGCGUCUCUCCUGCUCUUCCAUCCUCUCUACUUCCCCCUUCCCACAGCAGUUUGUUGCAGGACCAAGACAUCAACAGCAAACAGCAAUGCACCCUGAUGAUCUCGCCGUCUGAACUGGUGGUCAGGUUUGGGGAUCCACUGUUUGCUAACUGCUCCAUAGAAAUGAUGGAGGGUCCUCUAGGCUGGCUUGUUGAACCGGACAAACAAGAGUUAACACUGGAUCGGUUCCUGGUCUUGAACUUCACCAGCCUCACAGAGUGGGGUCUUAAACCAAAGUGCUUUGUGAUGUCUGAACAGAGUGGGGAUUGCUCCAGUGUGCUUCAUCUAACCGUCUACAAACCUCCGGACGAGGUGUCCAUCAGCUUUGUAAACCACACUGGCCCACUGCUUGAAGGACAUCCGUACACCCUCCAGUGCCGUGUCCAGGAAGUUGCUCCUGUUCAGAAGCUCACCGUGACCUUCUACAAAGGAGACACCAUGCUGGGCCCGGUACAGUCCAGCAGGAACUCUGUGGAGGCACCGGUGACAGAGACGUUCACCUUCAGCUUCAACUUCAGCAGAGAGGAUGAUGGGGUCCAGUACUGGUGUGAAGCCAAACUGAAUCUGGGACCACACGGACCAGCGUUACCGCUUGUGAUGCAGUCACAGACACUCAAAGCUAUCAGCCUCAGGGCCAAAGGAACCUCCAACGCUAACUCUGGACACUUUAUACAGAGCAUUUUACUCCUGUCCAUCCAGUUCAUUUAUUGGGUAUCAAACCAUGUAUGUUCUAUGUAAGUAACACAAUGCUGUUUUGGAUUAGCUAAGUCCCGCCUACUAGAAAACUAAAACAUGAAAAGACGUUGAAGUAGGACUGAUUAUAUAUGCCGAGGAGUGAGCGGAGCCCAGAAGCGUUAGGUAGCCUUUUGUGAACAGAGGAGCAUAUAUGAUUAGCUCAACCAUCAGACUCCAUAAUGUCUAGAACAUUUCCCUGCCAAAAGGACCCUCUUAAAUGGACAGUAUGUAUUUUUCUGUUACCCUCCUCAAUUGGUGAGGUGCACGGACUAGACCAUUGCUACUUAUAAAUACCCCCUACCAUAAAGAUCUCAUUCAGGUACACAGUGUGCAAAUUGCUCACACAUAAGUGCUUAUUUCAUGUAGAAUAUUUCUGUAAAUUGUAAACCGUUAAUAGAAUAUUUGACAAAAGUGCAUAAAACCAUGGAAAUGUAAUGUAAAUUAUGCUCUGGUUGUUGUCUGCUUUUGAUGUCACCAGUUGUCUACCUUGAUUCCAAUUUUGCCUAGAGACAUGGACUUUGUAUAUUAGAUUUUCUUUCCUCCGUCUAUAUCUAUUUUCCCCCUUUCAAAUGAACAGGUAAUAACCAUAGCUUAACAGACCAAUAUAAUUGUAAUUUAUUUAUCAAUUAAAAGUAAGGAAGUCAAGAAUUGAUUAACCAUUUAUCAUAUCGAUCAAAACACAUGCCAUGGCCACUGAUAAAAUUAGCUUUUGGAAUUAAGAAAAAAAACUUGUAGUGAACCAAGAAGCAUUAACCAUGAAAAAUACGACAGGUAUCAUGCCAUGAAUUCAUUUUAUUAGUGCUCUGGGUUGAUUCAGUAAUUACAGUUGCCAUACGGACAAACAAUGAAAACAUUUUAAAAAGAAACAAUUCAUGGUUGUGCACCAUUUGUUAUGACUUUAAAGUGAAGAAAAGUCUUGGUCAUUGGGACGCACAGCACAUUUGAGCAAAUUAAAGAAACCUACAAAUUAGCUAUUUAAACAGUGAAAAAUAUAAUAAAUGUUUGUAUAAUGUUUAUUAAUAUUCAUCUAGAAUCAAAGAAAAGGAAACAAAAUAACAUUGCAUUUCAAGUCAACGUAUUUGUAAUUAGUCAGCAAUUCAUUACAUUCAAUACAACACAACUGGAUCAAAGUACAACUUUGAUCCAGUUAUUAAUUACUCGCUCAGACCGUUAUGAUCGUUAUUGUGGCCAGGCUAUGUGAGCUCUAUAUGUGGACAACAUUUCGGGCUUACAUUUGCCCACGGGUUCCAAUGUCUUGUUCCUCAAGAAUCUUGGUCCGGUCUAGAAAAAAAAUUAGACAAAUUAGUAUAGCAAUUAUUAUACUGCCCAUUCCACUUCAUUGCACUGCAUCAUGAGCACAAGCUCACAAACUCACUGCGUGCAACAUGGUUGCGUUCUCCUGGUGAAUGGAUGGUGGUGCAGUCAUCUGCCAAAGCCUGCAUUGUUGUAGCCUCCCCUAGUCCUGGGAACUGAGCAGGCGGUGGUGCAGUGACUUCAAAGAGGUGGCCCUUACCGACUGCUGGGAAACUUACAGGGCUGGACUGUGGCGCGGCGGGAGGGAAGGGUGGACUGUUGAGGUCCAAGUACUUGCCCUUGGCAGAGGAAGCGGCCACAGCCUUAAGCUUCUGGCAAAUUGUGGCAUUAAAGAGUAGUCCUCGGGCCAGCGCUUGUUCCGCCAGCAGGUCCAGUGGUGAAUGGAUGGAAGCUGCGGUCGCAGAGUCGGCGCCACGCUGUGGUUUUUCUGCAGUUUCGGUCAGUGUGGGAGGUUCUACGCCAAGCCCUUUGACCCCGGCAUCCCCCAUUGACACAGCGACAUUGAGGUUAGCAUUUGUGGUAAGGACUUGAUUCAGAGGCUUUUUUUCGGCGUACAGGGAGAGGGUAGGCUCUUCGGGGGAGCUAGCACUGUGGAAAUGGCCAUCAGGUAAUUCAGCGGACCCAUGCGGGUAGUUAGAGCCGCUGUUGAUGGAGGCCAUUUUCUUCUCAGCCUUCUCUUUUUUCAGACUUCUGCUUUACAAGAAGAGGUGAACAGUAAUGUAAGACGAUUAAAAGGGCAAGAUUUUGUGGAAUAAAAAUGUGGUGUACUUACACUGAGGAAGAUGAUUGACCUAGAAAUUUCUUGCUCUCUCUUAGCAGUAGCCUAAGAAGCAAAUAGUUAGUACGUAUAUAAUUAAUCAAGGGGGAAAAAAAAACAGAGGAUUUUUGGUGAAUUUUUCGUUAGUGAGGAUGAACAAACAGGUUAAUUAACCUUGGCUGCAUCCAUCCUUUGGGCCAUAGAGUUUUUAUCUCGUUGUCAAGGAAGCAUUUCAGGUACUCUUCCAUUUCUUGCUCCUCAAUCUUUUCAUUUUCAUAUCUAUCCAUCUUUGCUUUCACCACAAGGCACAGAAACUCUCUGCUUGUACAUGCAUGUUAAGUACAGAAAAAGAAAAAUAUUACAACAACAAACCGGUUAGAAGAAGAACAAACUUCACAAGAUUCACUACAAGAUGACUGGAAUGGUAAAAGUGUUUCUGAGAGACAAAGUUCCCCCUUUGGCCUUAUGUAUCCAAAAGGAUCCACCUCUUGAGACAAAGCCAUUCAGUGAAUAAAAUGAAACAAAUGACAGGCAGCUGUGAUAGCCGUGUCUUUCCUUGGUCAGACCUGAUCUCUUCGUUCCAUUUGAACUUCUUCUGGGGACCUCUCUUCCCGAACUUCUCCUCCCCCUCAUCCUCAGAGUUCACCCUCUGGUCUCUGGGCUUCUUCUCUUCUGACCCCCUAACAAACAAAAAAAGGUAGAUGAGUGAAGCACUAGGGAUUACUAAAUACAUUCAACAUUAAGAAUUCCUUCGAUAUCCGAUUAGGAGACAAUAAAAAUGUCUUCACAUUACUUGGCCAUCAUUUACAAAGUGAUGGGAGGAAUUUAUCAGGGAAUCCAGGGAAGUUACUGGAGUACCAAUUCCUUGCCGAGUGAGGAAACCCUUGAAAACGAAAUUUAAAUUACUGAGGCAUAACCUCAGCUAUCAACCAUUCCAAUUCGCCGUGAGUGAGCGUACUUUGUGGACUUGACCUGUGCGUGUGCCUGCCGGUUGUCAUGGAAACGGGCCAACUGCUCUGGCAUCACUUUGUCAAUUGCAUCCCUUAACUGCUCUAGAGGAUCCUGCAAUAUUUGGAAUGAACACAUCAUGAGUGGUAAAAAAAAAAAAUACGCCUUAACAAAAGUGUUAACUUAAAAACGUGGGAGCGUCUCUCCAUUUUCCCUACAUGGCAGUUAAGUGUAACUGCCACUUAAUUUCUACACCAACCGACAAAUGAUUACAAGGUCCAAAUUCUGAAACUACAAUCCCCAACAUGAACCUUUAGCUUGGAAUCGCCAAACGGCAUAACCCCAACAUAAGCUUACCAACUUCAGCUCUCCAAUCCUCCCUUCUACCUUUGGUGAAAGGCCUUCAGGUAGGGUUCCAGGCUGAGAAACCAAGCCGCCUUUGAGCUCCGUCUGAGGCUGGUCCGGAAACAGAACUGUGGACAGGUUCUGGACAUCUGCCCUGGCUGGAGAAGCCAUGACGGGAUGCAUCUCUGUAGCGUGUUCAGCCGCUUUGAGAUGGGACACAUCUUCAGUGGCGUCUAACAAAGAGUCCAAGUCAAUGUCGAAGUCCACCGUAACCGCAGCUUGGAUAAGUGCAUGGUCAUUGGUGGAGCCGAUCAGACUGAGCAGGGGAUCAGCCAAUCCAGCACCUCCAGCACCUCCAACUCCUCCCGCGUCCGCGGGACACAUCGGAAACCUUGGUGAUCCAAAAGACUGCCCCCCUUUAUCCCCCCUCAUCUGCAUUUCCCUCUCCUUCUGUCUUCUGAACUUCUUUAACAUGUUGGUGACACUCAAAGGGCCGGCAGCGGUCUUUUUCGUUUUUUUGGGUUCAUCAACCACUUUUUCUGUUAAAGUACUGCCAGGAACAACAAAAAAGGAGCCAUUUUGUGAGUGUCAGUGAGUUAUCAACCUUCACUUCAUGAAUUGACUUUGCUAGGUCCGUCUUCUCCCACCAAGACAAUGUCAAUACGACCUUACAUCCCAAGAAAUGGCAUGCCUUGCGUAAACCUCUCACCCUUCCACGGAAACGUUAAUCCCCUUUCUUUUCAGUUUUUCCCCUUCUUUUCUGCGCCUCUUUUUGGGUUUAUCCGAUCCUUCAAUUGAUUUACGCUUCUGAAAAUGCAAUUACUUCAUUAACAUUUGAUUAUUGGUCAUUUAGCGGUUUUAUCCAUCUUACCACCAAGUGUGUCACUUAAUUUAAAUGAAAGUCAUUAAAGAGACACUAAAUGUACUCUGGUUAACCGCAGACAUUGAUGUUGAACCCAGAAUAUAUGGUAUUUAGAGCCAAGUCGUGUAUUUAUAAUCUUUUAAAUAUUAUAAAAUACCUGCAGGCUACCAUAAUGCAGCAUAUAGCCUACCUUUGGAGGCUUCAGUUGGAUGCUUCUCUGUGUGAAAUCUUCCACCUCAGGGUCGGAAACGUGGCGAAAUUGAAGUACGCCACAGUUGACGUAGAAUCCUCCAUAUUUUGUUGUGAGGGAGGCUGGUACAAGUUCAUCAUACUGAAGGAAAAAAACACAAGGGUCGCAUGGAAUACACUACAAUUUCCAAGUCCAGCACGAAAAUACACAUCAUGUCAAACAGAAAGACAUUUCUCACAAUUGACCAGUUUCCAGCAGUAAGGAUAUCAACACUAGUCAAAUUGGGAUUGAUUAAACAAGAUUUAAAAUAAAACAAAUUGUCCACAAUAAACUCAUCUUCCUCACCGGCUCAGAGUUGUCAAUGAAAGAGUCUUCAUCAUCAUAGCCAUAUCCAAUAUCAACCAGGUCUUGGAUGCGGUCCUUCUUCCUCUUCUUCACCUCACCCUGUAGGUAAAGAAAGAGGCCUCAUUAACAGUGGGGUACCAGGAACCAGUGAGGACAGAAAUGGUCUCUAAAGAAUAAACUAAUAACAGAUUGAACUAAUAAAAACAAUUGAAAUUCAUGCGAGACAAGCAAGCCGUCUACCUGACAUAUCUUGUGUGUGUGUGUGAAUGUUUUUGAUUAAAAAGGUGGGUUUAAGGAUCUCUUAGUGAGAUAUGCUAUACAGAGAGCCACUUGCAUAUUUAUUCUCAAAUUGUUGGGCAAUGGCAGCCAGUUCCUCAUGGUAUGGAGUUUCUCGCUCAUCUGAAUUGUUCUGAGCUCCAUCUUUAAUGGAGCCACUCUGCUGAAAAAAAUAUACAAAGCAGCAGUAUGAUUGACAUCUUCAAACUUUAGCCGAGCCAGCUCUGCCUCAGUGGCACUUUCACAGCAAUGGUAUUGCCUACUAGUGUUGCUGUGUUUAACAGGCCAACCGGAAGCCCACCUUGUGUUUCUCCACCAGUUCCGUAUAGCUGAACUCGGGAAAGGCGCGUUCGUUGGAUUCGAAUAAUUUGAGCAUGCAUCUUACGGUCGAAUGAGGCUGAGUAACUUCUGAACCCUUUCCCUCAGUCUCCGAGGGAGCUACCGAUGCAGGCGCACUUGGUGCUGCAUUACUGUGCAACGUUGACUUAUCAUCAGUUGGGGAACUAGAGAAAUCGCAAGGAAACGUGGUCAACUGCACUCUUCUGACUUCGGCCAUCGUCAAAGUAAGUGUGGGGAGGACCCCGCGUGACUACAUAGACCAACACGUUGAU